UCUUGUGUCUCAGACGAAGGUGCCAUGAUAGGCUGCCGAAAGCUACUUUCCUGUGCUCAGUUGUGCUUCCUGUAUUCAGGUGAAGGCUUGGUUCUUUGGUUCCUCCCCUCGCUCAGUAAACCUGUUUUGUGCAAAGACAGGAAGCGGAGUUUGAAGUCGUGUGAACGGGGAGGACUUGUGUAGCUGGCCUGUAAUAAUCAUGAAAAUACACCUAUGGAAACCUGGACUAUAAAAUAUCUCGGCGAUGCUUAUGAAUACCACAAAUAACUCCACUUGCUUGUUGGAAUACUAACUUUAACACAGCACGCUGUGCCGUGGGCGAGAAGUAAACUUUCAGGAUUAUCGACAAGUUGCAAUGACUUGAUUGCAACUGCGGGCUGAGAAGAACUUUUUAUAGAAAUCCUAACACAUUUCUAGGAGAUACCAAAACUCAAGCUCCGUCGCUGCUAUUUGGGGUUCAUUUUAAAUUUCCCUCCCUUUUUUUUCCUCCUGAGCGGAGAAGGGGGUUCGCCGUACUUUUCUGCCCGACAGCCUGAGCCCAGGCCUCUGGAGGGUCACAGUGAGGAGUUUUCGUCUGCAGGGAAGAAAAGAAGAUACUGUACACUGUCCUGAUACAUCCGGGUGGUUUAAAAGAAAUUGUGGAGGAAAGUAGUUUGAAUUAUUGUGUGUUGCAUUUUUUUUUCCACAACUAGCAGGAUGGAUCCACAAUUUGGUAACUCCGCUUCAGCCGGGGCAUCUAAUAAAAGCAGCAAGGAAAAGAAAUCGAAGAAAAACGUCGAAGAAGGAGAUGGGAAAAAGAAAUUUACUCUCAAGCGGCUGAUUCCAGAUGAGCUGGAGAGGUUCACCAGCAUGAGGAUGAAGAAGGACAAAGAGAAGCCACACAUCCCCAGCCAUCGGCACUCUUCUGCAGCCCAUUACGAGGUUCCGGCCCAGGCUGCCAUGUUGCACGACCACCCUGAUGAUUACGUGCUGGAGCUCUUUGAGCAGAUGCUGGUGGAUAUGAAUCUGAAUGAGGAGAAGCAGCAGCCUCUGAGAGAGAAGGACAUUGCUAUUAAGAGGGAAAUGGUCUCCCAGUACCUACACACCUCAAAAGCUGGCCAAAGUCAGAAAGAGAGUUCAAAGUCAGCUGUGAUGUACAUCCAGGAGUUGAAGAUGGAGCUAAGAGAAAAUCAGUUGCUCAGCUGUCUGGAAUCUUUGCGAGUUUCUCUCAGCAACAAUCCAGUCAGCUGGGUUCAGACAUUUGGCAAUGAAGGGCUGGCACUUCUGCUGGAUAUUUUGAAGAAGCUGCAAGAUGACAAGGAGGAAUCCUAUACAAAUAUCAGUGUUAAGUGUCAACAUGAAAUUAUCAGGUGCCUAAAAGCUUUCAUGAACAACAAGUUUGGUUUGAAAGCCAUGCUGAAUUCAGAUAACGGAAUCAGGCUCCUUGUCCAAGCCAUUGACCCCCGUGUUCCUCACAUGAUGGUGGAUGCUGUGAAAUUGCUGUCGGCCAUCUGCAUCUUGGAACAACCUGAAAACCUCCAUGAACGUGUGCUGGAAGCUAUUACAGAAAAUGCUGAAGAAUUAGACUGUGAACGGUUCCAGCCUUUGCUAUCAGGAAUGAACAAGCCAAUGGUGGCUCUGAAGACUGUGUGUAUGCAGCUCAUUAAUGCCCUGAUUAUUAGAGGUGAAGAGCUGGACUUCAGAAUCCACAUCCGGAGUGAGCUGAUGAGACUGGGACUGAGGGAUAUUUUGAAGGAAGCUCAUUUGAUUGAGAAUGAGGAGCUGAAAGUGCAGCUGAUUGUGUUUAAUGAUCUUGCGGAAGAUGACUCCGAAGAUCUCCGUGCCAGAUUGGAAGAUGUCCGAAUUGAGAUGGAUGACGUGGCUGAGAUUUUCCAGAUCCUGAUGAACACGGUAAAAGACUCAAAAGCAGAGCCUCACUUCCUGUCAAUUCUACAACACCUGCUGCUCAUCCGCAAUGAUUACUCAGUUAGACCUCUAUACUACAAGCUCGCAGAUGAAUGCAUUGGUCAGAUUGUGUUGCACAAAAAUGGUGCUGAUCCUGACUUCAAAUGUAAAAAGUUUAAUCUUGAUGUUGAUGGAUUGAUUGAUAACAUGCUUGACCAGACCAAAGUAGAGAUGAGUGAAGCAAAAGCAAGUGAACUGGAGAAGAAGCUUGAUGCAGAGCUCACUGCCCGACAUGAACUCCAGGUCGAGUUGAAGAAGCUGGAGAAUGAUUUUGAGCUAAAGGUUCAGGAGCUGAACAAGGAAAAAGACUUGUUAGGAUCUGAGAAGCAAGAGAAAGAAAAUGAGAAUAAGACCCUGCUGAAUGAAAUUAAUGACCUUAAGGAAAAGAUUGACAAGCUGGCCGAAGAGCUGAAGGAGGCGAAGACCAAGGUCAUCACAGUGCCUGUCCCGGCGCCCCCUCCGCCUCCCCCCCUGCCCACUCAAAGUGGGGUGCCACCUCCUCCCCCUGCCCCCCCCCUCCCUGGGCAGACUGGGCUAGCUCCUCCCCCUCCACCCCCUCCCCCGUUGCCAGGGCAAGCGAGCAUGCCCCUGCCUCCUCCACCUCCCCCACUUCCUGGACAAACUGGGAUGGUUCCCCCUCCACCUCCUCCCCCUCCGCCUCUUCCAGGUCAAGCAUGCAUGCCUCCCCCGCCACCUCCUUUGCCUGGUGGCCCGGGCAUGCCUCCCCCGCCACCUCCUUUGCCUGGCGGCCCGGGCAUGCCUCCCCCGCCACCUCCUUUGCCAGGCGGGCCUGGCAUUCCCCCACCACCUCCCCUAGGGCCAGGCGCACCCCCCCCACCACCUGCUCCUGGGGGCUGGGGCAUGUCCGCCCCUGUUCUGCCAUAUGGCCUUGCCCCCAAGAAGGACUACAGGCCAGAGGUGCCGCUCAGAAGGGCUAACUGGUCUAAGAUUGGUGUAGAGGAUCUCUCGGAGAGCAGCUUCUGGACCAAAGUGAAGGAAGAUCGUUUUGAGAACAAUGAGCUCUUUGCCAAGCUCACCUUGGCGUUCUCAUCUCAGACCAAGUCUUCUAAAGCCAAGAAAGACCAGGAUAGCACUGAUGAUAAAAAAACAGCACAAAAGAAGAAAGUCAAAGAACUGAAAGUGCUGGAUUCCAAAACAGCACAAAAUCUCUCUAUCUUCCUGGGAUCUUUCCGACUCCCAUAUGAAGAAAUAAAGAAUGUCAUUUUGGAAGUGAAUGAGAAAGUUCUCACUGAAUCCAUGGUGCAGAACCUGGUUAAACAGCUUCCAGAACAAGACCAGCUCAAUGUGUUGGCUGAGUUGAAGGAUGACUACGACGACUUGGCGGAAUCAGAACAGUUUGGCGUUGUGAUGAGCGCGGUGCCCAGGCUGCGAUCUCGCCUGACCUCCAUCUUGUUCAAGCUCCUCUUCGACGAGCAGCUCAACAACAUCAAGCCGGACGUGGUGGCCGUGACCGCCGCCUGCGAGGAGCUGCGCAAGAGCGAGAGCUUCGCCAAGCUGCUGGAGCUCACCCUGCUGGUCGGGAACUACAUGAAUGCAGGCUCCAGAAACGCCGGUGCCUUUGGUUUCAGCAUCAGCUUCCUCUGCAAACUUCGAGACACCAAGACCACCGAUCAGAAAAUGACCCUCCUCCACUUCCUGGCGGAAAUUUGUCAGGAGCAGUAUCCUGAGGUGCUGCAUUUUACUGAUGAGCUGAUUCAUGUAGAGAAGGCAAGCCGAGUACCUGCCGAAACACUACAGAAGUCCAUAGACCAGAUGUCUAAGCAGAUCACGAAUUUGGAAAAAGAAAUUGAGACUUUCCCUCCUCCAACAGAUGAAAGAGAUAAGUUUGUGGAGAAGAUGACAAGCUUUGUGUCCUCUGCACGAGAGCAGUAUGACCUACUGGCCCUCAUGCACAAAAACAUGGAGAAGCAGUAUGAGGACUUAGGGACCUAUUUUGUCUUUAACCCCAAGAAGAUCUCUGUGGAGGAAUUUUUUGGGGACCUCAACAAUUUCAGGAACAUGUUCCAGCAAGCAGUGAAGGAGAAUCAGAAGAGGAAAGAGACGGAGGAAAAGAUCCGCAAGGCCAAACUGGCAAAGGAGAAGGCCGAGAGGGAGAAGGAGGAUAAGCAGAAGAGGAGCCAGAUCAUUGAUAUCAAUGCAGCGGGCGACGAGACUGGAAUUAUGGAUGGCCUAUUAGAAGCGCUGCAAUCAGGUGCUGCCUUCAGGAGAAAGAGAGGUCCGAGACAGGCUGCCAAUCGAAGAGCUGGCAACGCUGUCACCUCAAUCCUGGCCAAAGAGCUGAUGCAGGACGAUGCUGUUGCUACCACGCCCAAGAAAAAGACUAAAGUCGAGAAGCAGGAGAUGCAGGAAAACGCAGUGGAAACAGAUGAGGCAGAAGCCCUAGAAGACAUCUUAGAAGCCCCACCAGCGAGAUCCAGUUAAAAGAAAAAUGACCACAAGACUCGAGGUUGCCGCAAUCGAAAAGAGAGCACACAGCAACUCCUGUUUCAGAGUUCAGAUCAUGCCUUCCUUAAACAAGACAGCCUGACAGGCACUAAAAAGUGUGAGAUGGAGAGGAGGAUGCCUGUCUUUGUGUUUGUUGAAAGACUUUUUUUUUAAUUGUUAUUCUACGUUUACUUUUAACACUGGUAUGGUUGCUGUAGGCACCUAUUUACACUGGAUCAGUCUGUUAGAAUGUAUAAACUAAGGAUCUCUUAACAUGCAUGUGCAUGAAACAUAAUGUCUUAGCACUGAAAUCUUCAAGUGAAAGCCCAAGAUUGUUAGGGGACGAUUUGGUCAGCUAUAAAUUCACUAUUUCUUAACUAUAUUUCAGUGUAAUGUUCAUGGCGAAGGCAAUGAGCUCAUAAUUAUUUAUUACCAGUGAGAUAAGGACAAAUUUUACACAAAAUAGCAAGGGGGACUUGGGUUUUGGAGUCGGACUUGUUUGUGCAAGCUAUUGGUCUUCUACACCAGAACGUUCCUGGCAGUGGCUGGAAUUGACUAAAAUGUAACUUGAGAACGUUUUACAGAUACAUCUUAUGUAUGCGGUGCAUCUUUAAAAAAAAUAAAAUUCCUAAAUGCAGUUACCUGUAUAAAAGUGCCAAUAUAAUUUAAAUGUGAGCACGCUUCAGAUAAAAAGUUGUUUCAGAUGAUAAGGCUAAUGUAGAAAGCGUCACCACAUGAUUUCCUGCCAGUUCCCUUUCUGUCAAUCUGGUACCUCACCACCUUUUUGUUGUGUAUUUAAGGAGAUGUAAGUUUUUUUAGUGUUCUUGAUGUCUGCAUUUAAACAUCUUUUUGUAUAAUGGUUUAUUUAGAAAUACAGUAUCUCUGAAAAUGCACUGAGUGUAAAAUUCAAAAUUUUAAAAGCACGUGAAAUUUAGAAUUACUCGGUAAGUCUUGCGGUGUCAUUUUUAGUCAGCUCCAGCCAUAAGAGGUGGUAUGCAUAAGUGUUAGAUCUUUUUUUAUUGGAUUUACAGCAUUUAAGGGAGUUUCAGGUUCUAGAAUUAUAAAUUAAGGGCAAAUUAAAUGACAUAUGCCACGACAUCAUCUUCUGGUCUCUUCUGUAUUCAAUGUAGUGCUUACGUAUUCAAAAACAAGAAUGUACCUACUGUAGGUACAGUAGCUUCAUCAGGCAUGUCAUCAAUUGACGUCAAUGAGGUUAAUAAUGGGUCAUUUGUAAAGCCUUCUGUAAUGUUCAGCUGGUGGUCAUCAGCUUCUGCGUCAUGCUGGUGGGUGUCUAGUAAUGAUUAUCUUGCAGCACUGACAACAUUUUCUCUUCCAAAAUACUGCUGGGAUGGAAUCUGACCGAACAGAAUGCUGAGUAAUCUCCAGUAUUAUUGCUGGAGAAAACUAUUUUUCUUAAACAUUCUUCCUUCUCGUCAUGAUGCAGUUCUGAAAGGUGUGUGUACCUUUGUGUUUUAGCCCCUGGAGGAGGCUGCUGUUUGACGUGUUCUAUUUUAACAUGUUUAAGUAUCAGUCACAUAUCAUAAGGUCAUGAACGUUUGUGCUGAUGCUAUCUGUGAAGUUCCGCUGAGGUGUGUGCUUAAUUAGGAUCAAUUAAAUCCAAAAAGAGACAUUUUCCCAGGACGCAUAUUAAUAAGAAAAUAAUCAGUUAAUUAUUGAUUUAUUUUUUGCAAUACUGAAUUUUAUUUCUUGUACAGUUUAUGAUUCAUUCUGUUUUCCUUGUAGGACCCCAUGUCACAGAAAAGAAUGAAAACAACUCAUUUCGAGAAAGUACUGUUUUUUUAACAUUGUGAUAUCAAUGAAAUUUGAAAAAGUGAAUACUAAUAAUGGGAUUCACAUCAGGGUAAAAUUUUAAGCUAGUGUUCCGCUAUAGCUUAAUUUUAUGUUCAUUUUUUUUAUUUUGAAUAAUGUUUUAAUAUAAGUGAUACAGAAUCAAUUACCUUUUUUCAUGCUAUUUGUCUCCUCUUUAGUGGAAUGUUACUUCUAUAUUGAACAGUAUUUACAGUAGGUAUUCUUUGCAGCUGUUAAAGUAUUGAAGCCCAGAAGAUUAAAAAUGUAUUGAAUAUGUUCUUGUCAGUGAGAUUUUGUUUUUUAAUGAGUUAUCCAGACGUUUUCACAAUUGAUUUUUCCGCUGAAAAACUCUGUCUAUCAUCUGUGUUGUGUAUAUCACUUAGAGAAUACUGAUUUUUGACUAUUUAAAAUCAGACAAAGAUGAUUAGCCAUUUCUGUUAAGUCUUGUCCUGAUGCAGGAUCUGUGAUAUGUACACAUACUGUAGGGUGUUUUUCUUUUUCUACUCUAAGUUUACCUGUCAUAUCACCAGGCUACAGUGAUACUAUUUACUGUUCUUCUCCCUGUGUAAUUUAUUUAAUUUAUGUUAAAUGGUGAUAAAAGCUUUCAGCUGGCUU